AUGAUCUUCGCCGGCCGCUUGCUGACAGACUCGCCCGCACAGCUUCCUGGAAGAAGUGGAGGUAUGAACACCGACCGGCUGGUCGUCCUCAAAUCACCAGAGUUCCGCGCGCAGGGCACUGCCAAUGCGAUGCAGGCCCCUAGUUGCCUUCGCGUCGAUGGCGGGCUAGCGUUCGCUGCUCCGGGAGCCGCGGCAAAGGCGGAGGAGCUCUCACCUCAGAACCUGGCGAAUGCCGUAUGGAGAGCUGGGAAGGUGUCCUCGGAGAACCCUGACUUCGUGGCCUCCCUCUUCGCGUCAGUGGAAGCACGAAGAGAGGAGUCCCACGCACAGCAUCCUGUCAGUACAGCCUGGACGCCGGCCACGUUUCGCCACAUGAAGGAAGCCAUGAUGAAGAUGACCGGGGAAAGGCUAGUUGCAGGUGUGCUGGAGCCGCAGGAUCUGUCCAAUGCCGUGCGGGAUCUUGCGAAGGCAGCCUUCCUCCAUUUCCCCCUGAUGGCUGCGGCCUCUUCCGGAGCGAAGUCCAGGCUAGUGGAGUUUUCUGAGCAGAACCUUACGAACAGUGCCUGA